AUGAAAGGCCAAAAGUGGGAACAGGAUGAUAUGCGGAUACCGCUGGAAUUCGAUGUUAACAUCGAAGCAACGCAACAGUCUGAAAAUGUGAGUUCUCCAUAUCGAUUUUUAUCGGCAGCAAGUCCUAUCGCAUUCUGUAUGAAGGAUUUCGUCGUGAAUUUGAGGUCCUUCGGCUACCGUACAUAA